GUCAAGAAUUUGAGACCUUUUGUCUGCAUUUUCGAGAAACCGGAAGUAUACAGGAGUGAAUCAUCUCAUUUCCUUGCUGCUACUUCUGGCCGUUUGCAACAACAGAAGCAGCAGCAUCAGACAAGGGAUAACAGAAUGAUGGAGGAAUUGGAAGAUGGUGGCGUUCCCCCAGCUGAGGACCUGGUUCAGUGCAACACCUGUCAAAGAUGGUUCUUCCCUAAAGUCCUGGAGAAACAUGCAAAAAUCUGCCAAAAGUCAGCGACCAAAAAGAGAAAGGUUUUUGACUCCAGUAGACAGAGAGCAGAGGGCACAGACAUCCCCACGCUCAAACCCAUCAAACCAAAGUCACAAAGUUCAUCUGCUACUGAGAAAGCAGAGCCCCCUAAGAAGCCAUCCAACUGGCGCAAGAAACAUGAGGACUUCAUCGCUACCAUCCGGGCUGCCAAGAAUCUCACUCAGGUCAUUAAGGAAGGGGGACCAUUACCCCCACCUCCUCCUCCUACUUAUGACCCAGACUAUAUACAGUGCCCUUACUGUCAGCGGAGGUUUAAUGAGAGCGCAGCGGAGAGACACAUCAAGUUCUGCCAGGAGCAGGCUGCCCGUAUGCCCAACAAGAGCAAGUUAGGAGACACCAAGAAACCUCCCAGUCGCACACAGUACAAGCCUCCUGCAAAGAAGGCCAGUUCUCCAGCUGUGUCAACCAUCCCUUCAGCUUCCUCUCGUUUACCCCAGAGAUCAGGCCUUGCCCAGCCCACCGGAAUUCCCUCUAGUAAGGUCUCAUCUGCAGGUUCAAUGAGGAGUAAUCCCUCUGGCCUCACAAGCCCUCCAUCAGGUGUGGGAAGUAAGACGCGAGCAGUGAGUUCUGGCUAUGGCUCUGUGAGGAACACUCAGUCUGGAAUAGGACUCAACAAGAAGAAAGUAGAUAGCUAUAUAUCCAGGAAUGAUAGUGAUGGGGGGAGCGAAGUUGACAAUGGUGGAAUAAAGAGCAAGUUCUGUCACGCUUGUGGGACCAAGUACCCCUGUUGAAUCCGCCAAAUUCUGCUGUGAGUGUGGGGUCAGGAGGAUGUGUAUUUGAUGGCUAUCAAAAGAAGGAUAAAAAGUAGAGGAAAGUAGGGAUACACCGGCACUGACGCUAACAUCAAGAGUGUUUCAUCCAAAACUUAUAAGAAUCUUGCGUCCAUCCAUUAUACCUUGUGUUUUCACACGUGGGUCUAGUUUCACAGCAUUAAAGUGGAGUAAUCGGCAGACAGCCCUAUGGUGCUGUGUUUUCUUUUCUAUUUAUUGUAUGGACAAAAAUGGUUAGGGUCAUGGUCGGUACAUAAUAUCACAUUUUUAAUAAAGUCCUGCUGAAUAGUGUACGAAUUCUGCCCCUUUUCAGAUCAUAAAUAUAAUAACUUACCUGGUAUAAAGCUAUAUUAAACUGUAGGCCACAGGAACAACCCAUGCAGUUCAUUAACUGCUUUUCUCUUAUGGCUGAAUUUGCCCACAACAUCACUGGUGUUUACACCAGCUCAUAAACAUUAUUGCUGUGAAACUAGUCAUCAUGGAGGGAUUAGGACUUUGUAAUUAAAAAAAAAUAUUCUGGUAAAAAAAAAUUCUUUUGGUCAUGGGAAAUCUUAAUUUUCUUGUCCCCUCGACAUUAGUUAGUAAUAUCCUCUAGAGCUGAGUCAGAAUCAGCAGUUAUUUCCUUAGAAGUAAUUAAGGAGAGAUGAGUAAGAGUUUAGAUAUGUGCUAAGAGGUGGGUUGUAAAACAUGAACAAAGAGAUAAAGGAAAAAUCUUAAAUCCAGUUCGAGGUGGAUGCGCCCCUAUAUCUCAGUCCCCAGUCAACUGUGAUUUGAAAUGCAUUCCUUAAUCCUAUCUGCCUCUGCUUCCUCACAAACAGAAUAUCUUACUAUUUAAGUGCAAUAUGAUUGACUACUGAAGAAAACAAUGGUUUUCUAAAGGAAAAGUUUUGGAAUUUUGGGAAGAUAUCACCUUAGUAUGACAGGGACUAGUCCUAAAAUGAACUACCGAUUAAAGGUCAGUGCUCCCUUUACCGCCACUUUACAGGCAAAGUUUGUUUCCAGCUCUUUGUUACCAUCCUUGGCCUGAUAUUUCUAGACAAAUGUAGCAUUUACUCAGUCCCUUUUAUUCCCUCUCUUUUUAUUCAAUGAAAUUAUUUAUUUAUUUUCUUAUUCCCUUCCAUUUUCACCGAACGAACAAUGACUGCAUCUCUUGUUAAUGUUCUACAGAAUUAAAAAUGUGUCUUUAAUUUUUAUGAAAUCUGAAUGCACCUGGAUAUGUUGCAGUUGUUUUGUUUCUUGAAAGUGUUGCUAUUGAGUCAGUAUUCAGUGCAGUGAGGUAUUUAGGAUCAAGAGUACAGUAACACUACAGUUAUUUACAUUUUAAAAACUCUGGAUGGAUAUGCUUGACAUGACAUACACUAUUUAUGACCCCGCACAGUUUAUUUACAAGUGGGACAAAAAGUGUGAAAGCCCUCUACCUGAGGUGCAUUGUUAAUGUUCAUUAACCGCCAAACUCUUAUCAGACAUUUAAUGGUGAUUAAUAUGGCAAUCUAUGAGAAGUAAUGCAUUUGUUUCAAAUUCCAAGAAGCAAACUAUAUUUAUGAUACAUGACAGGAAAUAUUUGACUAUACUAGACAGGUGUGGUUUCCUGUGCUGAUUACAACAAUUGUUAGCCUGGAUACAGUUGUGCACUUAAUACUAUGUAUAUCCACCACCAAUAAACUUCCACUGAGACAGCU